CGUCCCGACACACCUACAAGGUAGGUCACAGAUAAGGUUACCACCUGGGAAAGUACACGGUUCUUGUCCAAGUCAUACAUUUUGCAUAUUCCAGACUGGGGCAGCUUUCCUCACGUUCAUGAUGCUGAAGUUACUCUCAAUUAUCGCAGUGUUUGUAGCCUGCUACAGCCAGACGACGUCGCCUAUCAGGACCAUAUGCAGAGCUAUCAACCGCGCUGACUGUUCCUUAUUUGCCCAUCACCCAGAGUGUGGUAGCGACGGCAAAACCUAUGACAAUAGGUGUCUCUUUUCCAAGGCCCACUGUCAGGACCUUACUCUUCAGGCUGUACAUAAUGGCACGUGUACACCCUCUUCCGGUACAACCGGAACUCCCGGUACCUCUGCCAUAUACCAGUUCUUCUGUUCCCAGAUGGCCACCAAACACUGUGGAAUUGACGUGGAACACCUGUGUGGUUCCGACCACGUGGACUACAUGAACUUCUGUCUUUUUGAGAAGGCCCGCUGCACGAACUUGGAUCUGUACGUAGCCUCAUACGCAAAGUGUUCUUAGAGGUUUCUGGAUUACAAAUGAUGUAUCAACUUAAAAGAAUAAACAAUUCUUGAGACA